UUUAUAUUUGAGGCGGAAAAGCCCAACUUGGGACUGGGGCAACGGGUUAAAACAUCAAUUUCCCAGCUGUCCUCAUGAACGAAGACAAAAUGCCUGCUAUAGUUGAGAAGCAAACAGAAACGGAAGAAGAAGACAUGGAACAGGAGACACCAGAAAGUGAUAAAACGUCGGAGGAUGACUCGGGAACCGGCUCGGCGUCAGAGGGUGAAGAUAGUUCAGUUAUAGAUGAUGAGGAGUAUGAGAAGAGGAAGACAGACUUCCUCGAUGACAUGGCAGAUCUUGAACGACAAUUUAAUGAAUUGAAAGAGCAAUUGUACAAAGAGCGAGUUUGCCAAGUGGAGGCUAAACUGCAGGAAGUGCGAGACGGGCGAGCCCCAGAGUAUUUAGUGCCAUUAGAGCAACUGCGGAAGAACAUGGAGAUCCGAAUAGAAGUGUCAGGUAUUUUGAGACAGUUGAGAAUUCAGGGGAUUAAGAACAAAUGUGAUAGUGAAGAAACCGCUGCUCUUCAACAUAUGAAGAGUGAAAAGAUUAUACUGUAUGAUACAGUAAAAGCAGAGUUGGAGGAAAAGAUACGAAGAUUAGAAGAGGAUCGACAUAACAUCGACAUCUCCUCUGAUCUUUGGAAUGAAUCUCAGACAUCAAAGAAAAACAAGAAGAAAUCCGAUCCCUUCAAUCCUGACAGACGACGAAAGCCAGUCACAGUUUCUGGUCCAUAUAUUGUCUACAUGUUGAAAGAUAUGGAAAUUAUAGAAGACUGGACCGCAAUAAAAAAGGCAAUCAAACAGCAAAGUCAGAAGAAGAAGUCAGAUUUGAUGAGAUCAUAACCCAUGGUAUCUCUCGUCAUCAUUAGUGACUCUUGUCUGACCAGUCAAAGUGCUUUUUUCUGAAGGGAUGUGUUUCUCUACCUGGAAUCAUGAAGUACUUGCAGGGGUGUAUGUUCUUGUUUUGUAUUGAUACAAAGAGGAAACAAGGACUUUAUUGCUUUACCAAUGUUGAAAAUGUGGACAAUUUUUCCAGUGUCCAUUCCUGCUAAGAAUUGAUGGAUAUUGUACCUUAGUUACCUGGUAAAGUAUUUGUGCUCUGUAGUGAAGCUUCUCAGUGAUAGCAAUAACAAGCCUCUCAGAAAAUAGGAUAUCUAGCCUCUCAGCCAGAAGACAGGAUAUCAAGCUUCUCAUCCAAAAGACAGGAUAUCAAGCCUCUUAGCCACAGGACAGGAUAUCUAGCUUCAGUCAGAAUGCAGGAUAUCAAGCCUCUCAGCCAAAAGACAUGAUAUCAAGUCUCUCAGCCAAAAGACAGGGUAUCAAGCCUCUCAGCCAGAAGAAGGAUAUCAGGGCUCUCAGGUAGAAGACUGGAUAUCAAGCCCCUUAGGCAGAAGACAGGAUAUCAAGCCCCUCACCCAGAAAACAGGAUAGCAAGCCUCUCAGCCUGAAGAUAGGAUAUCAAGCCUCUUAGCCAGAAGACAGGGUAUCAAGCCUCUUUAGGGGUAACCCACCACCCUCCUCCUACCCACUUUGGAGUGAGGGUUCUCGGAUGGUUGAGAGAUGAUGUGCAGGGAUGAGAGAUGAUGUGCAGGUGGAGUGCUGAUGUGCAGUAAUGAGAGAUGAUGUGUAGGGAUGGGAGAUGAUGUGCAGGGAUGAGUGAUGAUGUGCAGGGAUGGGAGAUGAUGUGCAGGGAUGAGAUGAUGUGCAGGUUGAGUGCUGAUGUGCAGGGAUGAGAUGAUGUGCAGGGAUGAGAGAUGAUGUGCAGGGAUGGGAGAUGAUGUGCAGGGAUGAGAUGAUGUGCAGGUGGAGUGCUGAUGUGCAGGUUGAGUGCUGAUGUGCAGGGAUGAGAGAUGAUGUGUAGGGAUGAGAGAUGAUGUGCAGGGAUGAGAUGAUGUGCAGGUGGAGUGCUGAUGUGCAGGUUGAGUGAUGAUGUGUGGGGAUGAGAGAUGAUGUGUAGGGAUGAGAGAUGAUGUGCAGGUUGAGUGAUGAUGUGCAGGGAUGAGGGAUGAUGUGUAGGGAUGGGAGAUGAUGUGCAGAUGUGCAGGUUGAGUGAUGAUGUGUGGGGAUGAGAGAUGAUGUGUAGGGAUGAGAGAUGAUGUGCAGGUUGAGUGAUGAUAUGCAGGGAUGAGAGAUGAUGUGCAGGUUGAGUGAUGAUGUGCAGGUUGAGUGAUGAUGUGCAGGUUGAGUGAUGAUGUGCAGGAUGGGAGAUGAUGUGCGGGGAUGAGGAUGAGAUGAUGUGCAGGGAUAAGAGGUGAUGUGCAGGGAUGAGAGAUGAUGUGUAGGGAUGAGGAUGAGAUGAAGUGCAGGGAUGAGAGAUGAUGUGCAGGGAUGAGAGAUGAUGUGCAGGGAUGGGAGGUGAUGUGCAAGGAUGAGUGACGAUGUACAGGGAUGAGAGAUGAUGUGCUGAUCAGGUCAGUAGUGACCAGGAAGUGUUAAAUUGUUCAUGGGAGGAAGAGUAGGAUGAUCCAACUAUAAUGUUAUCAUUCUCAUUUCAUGUAUGAUGAUUAUCAUGUUCAAGACAUCUCAUGUCCCUGUAUGUGUCACCUUUUAGUCCUAUUGUUGGCAGUUUUCUUCCCUUUUUUUCAACUCAGAACUUCCUCUGCACAUCUCCUAAUAGGGGCAUAUUAUAUAUACAGCCUGCAUACAUUGUAACAUUGUAUCAUAUCAUACUAGUUUAUGUAUAAAGUGUAGAUAUAUUAUCAGUGUGAGAUAGCUGAAACAUUGGACUUAAGUUGUGUUGAAGUUCAACCAAGAUACCUUUCUGUAUGAAGUGCUUGUGGUGGUGAUUUUUUAGUGUUAAUGUCACACUGUUUGUAUAAAGUGCGUAUAAAUGGACACCUCAGUGUGCAUCACCACCACUAGUUCUCUUAACUACACGUCCACUCUGGUAACAGUCAUUUAUUCUGUGACCAGGGACACUACAGUAACUUGCCAAAGGUUGGGGGUUUUCUCCACCCAUAAAACUGACUGCCAUUGUAUUAGUGAGAAAUCUUAAGCAUGGUAACAGUAAAAAAAACCAUAAAUACAGUGAGCCAAGCAGCAGUUAUCACCCUUAUUAUAAGCAGCAUGAAUGUCGGCUGCUAAAGUUGUCAGUAGCCAAUAAUGUAUGUGGCGAUCCAGGUUUCAACAGCCAAAGCUUGAAUAUGUCAGAGGUCAGCAUUUGGAGUUGUGUAUAUAUCACACCAUACAUUGGAAUUGCCAUUAUUUUAUGUGGCUGUUCACAGUGACAUGUCCGUGUAUCACUUGGUAAACAUUUGGUUAUUACCAGACUUAGUUAUCAAGGAUAAGGAACAUUUGCUAAAAACUGCUGCUUGUACAAAUGUACACAUAGCUUCUUGUCUGCUCCACCUUACACCUGUGAGGCCAUCAUUAAAACUAUGUUCAUUGGGGGUAGCCCGACCAACUGUUCACUAAUGGGCCACACUUCAACAGUUUUUAUUGGGAUUUUCUCAUAAAUUUCCUAUUUUUUAAUUUCCCUCUUAAUGUUAAUUUCUGUAAACUCCCUAUCUCUUCCAUUAGCCAAAAUGAAAAAAACAAACAUUACCAACCCUGUUUUUUCCUUGUAGAAUUGGGUUACCCUCUGUAGCCCAGAUCGUCUGGUUCUCUGUCAGCAUAACCUGUCAGCAUGUUUAGCAUAACCUGUCAGCAUGUUUAGCAUAACCUGAACUGUCUUUACCCAGUCAAUAUUUUGAACUCUGUUCAGUAUAAAGCCAGAUUCAAUGUAAAGACCAAAAUUUAAAUAGCUACAUCGCUAUGAAUGUUAACAAAUUCAUUUUUACAGUUUUGCCGGACUGCCUAUGUUGCAUGUAUAGUACUGGGAUCUUGGAUGCAUUUUGUUUUUACCAAAGGGUACAUUUUAAUAGGGAAUAAAAUGUAAUGUUUUUUAGCAGUUGUUCUGUUGAAUUUAAUUUGACUUAUUUGAUUGGAGCUUGUGACAAAUACAUCACCGAUGAGAGUCAGGGUAAUUGGUGAGACAGAACUAAAAAAAAAAACAGCACCCUUUGACCAGUGCAUAUACCUGACAAGCAUCUUGACGUAAUGCUUCAGCCCACACAAUGAGGUCUGAAGUUAAAGCUACAACCUCACAUUGGUCAAGGGUCACAUGGCUGGCACACGCAGUUCCCACCUAACUGACAAUCCUGACCCUGUGCAGUGCUCUGGCUGGCACAUGCAGUUCCCACCUAACUGACAAUCCUGACCCUGUGCAGUGCUCUAGCUGGUACAUGCAGUUCCCACCUAACUGACAAU